UAACCUCGUCGCCGUUGGGCCUCGGACUCGAAAGUUGCAAGGAUUGUUUUGAUUUCAUCUCAAAAUGGCAAUAAUCAGCAAAGAAGAAAAGAUUGAUGAGGAAAAAUUCAGGUCAUGGACUGACAUCCCAACCGACAUGAUGGGUUUGAUUGUACAUAAUCUCCCCCUCGUGGAUCGAAUCCGACUCGGUUCAGUGUGCAAGAGUUGGAGGUGGGUCUCAGACUCUAUUUCAAUGCUGCUUUGAUGGCGUAUGCUUCUCGUCUGUGCCAACUAGUUCAGAUUUCAGGUUGAUGGGAGUAAGUGGUUCUCUUGUGAGAGAAUCUCAGGUUGACAUUUACGUGUGGCGACACGGAGAGGAUGAAUGGAGUCAAGAAGAGUUUGAGAGUAACCUCCCAUUUCAGGUGGGUUGCAACAACCCGGUGUUUCACGAAGGACUCUUCUAUUGCUUGGGUAGGGAAGGAAACCUCGGUGUUUAUAACCCUGAAGAGGAGACGUGGACCGUUCUUGAUAGGCCUAGGCCGUUGUUCUCAAGGAGGAGCAAUUGUUUGCAGGGUCAUGACUGCUUUCUGGUGGAGUCGGCGGAAAACAAGGAGCUCAUGUCUGUGUUUGUUUUCAACGAUGGGGAAAGGGUCACCGUGUCUAGACUCGACGAGUCGAAGAUGGCGUGGAGAAAUGUCGAUGACUUGGGAGAUGAGAUGAUAUUUGUGGAUGCGAGGAGCUCUAUUUCGGUAGUCUCUCCAUCAAAAGAGACGGGAAACAGGAUAUAUCUGCCAAGAUUUAGUGAUGGUGCUGCGUCCAGGAGGGGGGGAGGGGUGUACUACUCUCUGAAAACCAAGAAACUACAUACACAUGCUGAACGUGAUGCUGAACAAGUGCGGACAGAUUGCGUCUGGGUGAUGCCUUCCUUUUAGAUGCACUUGCUUUGCGCGUAGUCAAAUACUUAAUUUUGUUUGUUUUAGAUUUAUUUAUAAACUAUAACAUGGCUGCGAAAAAGUUUACGAUUA